AUGAAGAUCGUUACCCAGGAAGAAAUCGACGACCACACCAACGCUACCAUCCGCGGUGCAGCAGAAGGCGCUGCCUUUAGCGCAGCCCUCGCUAUCCCUAGCUGGCUGAUACUAAAUCGUCGAUGGGCAUACUUCCGAGCACUACCUCCACCCUUAAAGCUCAUGGGCACUGUUAUGCUGGUCGCACCUUGCGUAUCCAUUCAGGCUGAAAGACGCGGUCUAGCGUUCGAUCGUGCGCAUUGGACUGGCGCAGGACGAAUGGAACUAGACAGAGAAGCAGCAGAGGCAGAAGCACAAUGGAAUGCCCUGAGCACAAAACAAAAGAUCGGAGACUGGGCAUCCCGACACCAGUACAGCAUUAUUGUUGGAAGCUGGGUUCUGUCCAUGGCAGUCGCUGGUGGCAUUGUUGCAAGAGAUAGACAUCAGACAUUACCCCAAAAGGUUGUCCAAGUGCGCAUGUGGGCACAAGGCUUGACUAUUGGCGUCUUGAUCGCCGCUGGCGCUCUCACGCACACACAGCGCCAGGCAGCCCUCCAGCACCGACCGGUUGACCAUUCAUGGCGAACCCUACUUGCAGAGCAAGCCAGAGAGGAUGACGAGAGGAAAGUGCGGUUGAACUCUCUCAGUUCCUCCUCCCCUCUGUAG